CUCACAUGAUCCGUGUCCCCGUGUUCUCCGGAAGGCUCCGAGAAUGACGUCGGAAGGGAUCGGAUGAUGGAAGAACUAUUAUUUGUACACACUGUACUGUAUAGAAAAACAACACUGGAAUUCAACCUAAUACAGAAGAGAGGAGACCAUUGAAGAAAAGAAGAAGGAGGAAAUUAAAGAAGAAGAGGAAUAACAAGAAUGAAAGACACGCACGUUUGAUAAUUCCAGGAGAGGUGAUUGCCAUACUGAGAGUACUCCAUACAUCCAUACCUCGGGGCAGGGAAGGCUCAUGAGCUGGUCGGCAUUCUUGAGCGGGACUGACUUGCAUAAUAAAUCUCAUUCUCACUUUUCCCUCCCUUCGAUCUGAUCUUUCGGUCUUCACUUUUUUUCUUCUGUUUUUCCGUUAGCCUUCUCCUUUCGCUCUCCUUUCCAGAACAAUUAUCCCCUCAUUCUCAUUAUACACAUCAUCAUGGUCUGGGGAUCCAAUCCGAAGCGCGACGACUCACCUGAAGAGCCCAUCCCACGGGAGAAACUGCCUCCGCAGCUCCAGAAGUUGGUGGAUCAUGAUGAUGGGUUCUACGAUGAUAUCUACUCGUCCUACUCGGUAGAUUCAACCGACACUCCAUACCGAUACGCGGGAUAUGCCAAUCGACUGCGCACCAUCCUACUCUCCGCCCAUCGUUAUGUCGCCUAUACCUCCGACAUAGGUGAAUCCUUCCGUCCCGUUGCACAUCCGUAUCUCGUCCGCUCCGCGUACGCCGUCUCCUGGACCUACUUGAUCGGGGAUGUUUUCCACGAGGGCUACAAGGCAUACCUGCGCAAUCGUCGCGUACUCGCCCCGCCCUGCGAGGCCUACAAGGACGCCAAGAAUCUCUCCCAGGACCAAGUCGUCAAGGGCAUGGCCACCGGGAAUAUUGGCGGCUCGUUACAGUCGUCCACGGGGGAAUCGGACACCUUGGAGCCCUGGCCCACAACCCGCAUCCCGCUCAUCGAGGAUUACCGCAUGGUGAUGGCCAAGCGCGCCGUGUUCCAGAGCGUGGCCAGUAUGGGGCUGCCCGCAUUGACCAUCCAUUCGGUGGUGAAAUAUUCCGGGAGAGCCUUGAAGGACUCCAAGAGUGUGUGGUUCCGCACCUGGGCGCCCAUCGGACUCGGUCUCUCCGUCGUUCCCUUCCUCCCUUACAUCUUUGACGAACCCGUUGACGAGGCGGUCGAAUGGUCCUUCCGCACCGCAGUCCGUGCCUUUGCCGGUGAAGACGCCGUCCGCCCACUUCCCAAUGGCCACACCACCGCUGAGGACGUCCCGCGGGAGAAGAAGGGGGACGUCACGAUGGGCGCCGAUAGUAUCCACUCCUGGGAAGAAUACCGGGAGGACCGACGGCGGGCGAAGGAGCAGCGAAAGAAAGAGCUCGAGCAACGAGGACAGAAGGGACCGUGGGCCUUGCUAGGGUUCGGAGGAAACGAGGAGUCGAAGAAAAAGACGGAGUAAUGUGGUCGUCACCCUGUCCUUUCCUUACUUUUUGCUGCUACUUUGUUGCUUUCUAUUUGACAUGUAUAUACAUACCUUUAGCGUCGUCGCGGACUCUUCCGUACGGGCUUGCUUUGAAUUGGUCUGCGAGUCAGCCAGAGAUCCUUUUCUGCACACCUCGGUGACAUGCUCUCGUACAUUUUUUCCUAUCACGCCAGAUGAACUGCUUGGUCAAGGUCCA